GCUCCCCAGAUUCCUUUUCUCCGCAAACAGAGCCUGAAAUCAUGUUGACAUGCUGAGUUUGUUGUGUCAGGUAUUCUUGAAAUUCCUUCACAAAAUCCACAGGCUCGGUUUUUAUCUCUUCCAUCCUCCUUCUUCUGUAUUGAACUUGAAAUUACCCAGAGGAAAGGUGUAAAGCUCAGCAACUUUUACUUCUGGUAUCCCUCAGUAGUCGUGCAGACAGAUCUGUCGACCAUGGGGUGCUUGUCAGGCUGGAUGGAGGAGCAGGUCUACCCAUCCGGCCCCAGAUACAUCCACAGACCAGGGGUGGGUCUCCUUUCCUCCCCUUCAAACUUUUUCAGAGGAGGAGAGCAUGAUGAGGGAAGCAGUUAAAAAAUAUGCACAAGAGCGCAUUGCUCCGUUUGUGUCAAAGAUGGAUGACAAUUCUGCAAUGGACGAGGAAGUGCUGAAGUCUCUCUUUGAACAGGGUCUCAUGGGCAUUGAGAUUGACCCAGAGUACAAUGGCACUGGCUCGUCCUUCUUCUCUUCCAUUCUGGUCAUCGAGGAGCUGGCAAAGGUGGACGCCUCUGUGGCUGUGCUCUGCGACAUUCAGAACACGCUGAUAAACACACUGUUUGCCAAACUGGGUACAGCAGCUCAGAAAGAACAUUAUCUCAGCCGACUGUCAACAGACAUGAUUGGAAGCUUCUGCCUCUCUGAAGCCGAGUCAGGGAGUGAUGCCUUCGCUCUAAAGACACGUGCUGAAAAACACAAGGACUAUUACGUCAUCAAUGGGUCCAAGAUGUGGAUCAGCAAUGCAGAACAUGCAGGUGUCUUCCUGGUGAUGGCCAAUGUAGACCCCUCUGUUGGAUACAAAGGCAUCACCUGCUUCAUCGUGGACCGGGACACGGAGGGGCUUGAGAUUGGCAAGAAGGAGAACAAGCUCGGCCUGCGUGCAUCCUCCACCUGCCCUCUCAACUUUGACAAUGUUAAGGUACCAGAGAAGAAUAUUUUGGGACAGAUCGGUCAUGGGUACAAGUACGCUAUUGGAAUGUUAAAUGAGGGCAGGAUUGGAAUUGCUGCUCAGAUGCUUGGUCUGGCACAGGGUUGCUUCGACGCCACUAUUCCUUACACCCGACAGAGAAUGCAGUUCGGAAAACGCAUUUUUGACUUCCAGGGCAUGCAGCACCAAAUAGCCCACGUAGCGACACAGAUUGAAGCCGGUCGACUGCUGACGUACAACGCUGCUCGUCUGAAGGAAGCUGGGAGACCUUUCAUCAAGGAGGCCUGCAUGGCCAAAUACUUCACUGCAGAGGUUGCAACUCUAACAACAUCUAAAUGCAUCGAAUGGAUGGGAGGAGUGGGCUUCACCAAGGACUACCCCAUAGAGAAAUACUACAGAGACUGUAAAAUUGGUACCAUAUAUGAGGGCACAACAAACAUUCAGCUAUCGACUAUGGCCAAGUUCAUUGAUAAGGAGUAUGAUCACUGAACACAUCCUUCGGAUCCAGAGGGAAUGCACUCUGCCGUGUUACACUCCAUUACCUUCUCCUCAAAUGACUCUGGGCGAUGCCUUGCUGUAGAUCUUCUAUCAUUUUUCUACAGUUUUGUUUGUUCUAGAUGUUUGUUCUCAAUAUUACCAAUUAUUGCUCUUUUUAAGUGGUUUGCACUACUAAUGUUACUGAUGUUGUGGUUCCACUUCUCCAGCUUUAGGGUUAAAGUUGCUCUGGUGCAAUGAUUGUUAUUCUAUUUUCUUUCUGUCAUACUUUUACAAAAGUCUAGCAAUAAGAUGAUUUGUUCAUAUAGAUUGAGCUUCCACUAACGGUUAUCCUCGUUAUCAAAUAUCAGCAGAUUUUAUUUUCUAGCUUUUUUUAGUGGAAAAAGUGGAUGUCUUGUGAGUCAAAAAACGAAAGAUAUUCAGUUAAAUAUGAUAUAAAACCAAGAAAAAGCAGGACAUUUCCACAGAUUUGUAUUUUCCAAUAUUUUCUUUAAUUGAUUUUACAAUAUAGUUGUCCAUUUUUUUUUCUGUUACUGGACAAAUCGUUGCAGUUCUACCCCUCCCCCCAUCCAUAUUCUUCUUUUGUUUAUUGAGACAUUGUGACUAAUCAUGGCAGAAUAGAAUAACUGAUUAUAUCACAACUUUUAAAGAUUUAGAUUUUCUUUAAAUGUUUCAGUGCCUUCAGAGGGUCAGCUGAGCUGAAUAACUUAGAAAGUCUGUCUUCACAGGAUGCUCUCGAAUAGGUGACUGGUUACAACACACUCACUUAUAUGCUUUAGAAAUAUUGUACAGUUCCUUGUUAUGUUAAACUAGUAGGUCUCUCACAUCAUAUAAAGAAAUUCUCUUUACAGAGCGAUUAUCAAUAUCCUUUAUCAAUAAAUGUGAAAUAUACUGAAUCAACCCUCUACCUGUGUUGCGACUGAGGCCUACUGUAUAAUACAUAGUUCUGUCACUAGAUGGCAGCCUUCUCCAGAGGGACAGCAGCACUCCCGAGUUGAGACAGCUUCUCUCUGAGAACAGUCAAUUACCACAUCAUUUAACAGCCUGUCACCUCUAAUGAUAUUGUAUAUCAAUUUAAUUAUGCUGGUGCUUCAGAUGAAAAGAGCCUGCCUUGUGUAAUUGACUCACCGAUCAUUUUUUAGCUGAUUACAUUUCCAUUGCCUGCAUGUGCUGUGUAAAAUGAGGUUUAGUGUUUUACACAACACAGACAAGCUGUGUCUAUGUUCACAGACCUGUAAUAGCCAUUACCCAUGAUGACCCCUUGUAAAAAGUAAUCUUGUUAGGAAUCCAUUAAUCACUGGCAGUACUUAGUAGGUAUUGAAUAGGAUAAAAACUGUCAGAUGAAUACCCAUUGCAGUGGUUGAGAUGCAAAAUAUAUUCAGAUCUCCAUUUGGUUAAGGGUUAUAAACGAUUUCAAUUCAAACAUCCAACAUAUUGUCAAUUUGUAUUAUAUUUAUCAAACUUUAUUUUUACAGGGAAAUAACAGAGCUCUCUUUUUAACUUGUGCCCCAAAAACGUUGCUUCUAAUACCAUAGAAAGACAACAAAGCAAGUACAAAAAAAAAACACCUCUAGAAAGCUUAACAUUUUCCAUUUUCAUUGAUUUUCUCUUAUUUUGAAUUUUUCCACCUAUACAAAAACUAAAUGUUAUUAAACAGUAUCCUUUUUA